GAAUUGCAAUUUCAAGCCACGACUAUCAAACUUGAUAAUACGGAUUAAGAAGUAUUCACCGGUUUAACUUCAACAAAUAUGAAGGCUGCUGUUUUGAAUCUUGCCGUUGCGGCAUCCUUUGCUGCCAGCGCGGCUGCCCAGCCCCACCACCACGGCCACCAUCACCACAAGAAGAAUGCCGCGGCCGAGAAGCGCGAUGUUGAAACUACCUAUGUUCCUGCUACCGUCACCCAGUACGUGCUUGACGAUAAGGUAGUGAGCGCCGACGAGGCUAAGAAUGGGUUGGACAAGGGCCUCUAUGUCGUCGUUGGCGAGACUACCCCUACUUUCACCCCCCCUCCCCCGCCUGUUGUUACUAGCAGCUCGUCCUCCAAGAGCGAUGCAGUCUUCAUCCAGAAGGUUACUUCGAGCCCUUCGUCUUCUGCCGCUCCUACCACAACUUCUUCCGCCCCUGUCGCGACCUCUUCGAGCGCCGAUUCCACCGGGUACGCCACUGGUAUCGAUGCUGACUUCCCCGAUGGCAAGAUCAAGUGCGACCACUUCCCUGAGGAGUACGGUGCUGUUCCUCUUAACUGGCUUGGCCUUGGUGGCUGGAGUGGUCUUCAAUACACACCCAGCUACAAGUUUGGUGACUUCUCCAUCAGCUUCAUCGAGACUGGUGUGAAGGGAAUGGCCAAGAAGGUUGGAUUCUACUCCUAUGCUUGCCCCGAAGGAUAUGUCAAGUCUCAAUGGCCCAAGGCUCAGGGAAGCACUAAACAAUCCGUGGGUGGAUUGUACUGCAACAACGAUGGCUAUCUCGAGCUUAGCCGUCCCGAAGUCAAGACUCUUUGCGAACCAGGGGUCCCGGGUAUUACCAUCAACAACAAGAUGCAGAAGAAUGUAGCCAUCUGCCGUACCGACUACCCCGGUAUCGAGGCUAUGGUUAUCCCCGUAGACGCACAGCCUGGCGCCGUCCGCCAGCUGGCCAAUAUUGAAUCCACCGACUACUACUACUGGGACAACAAGCCUACUACUCUGCAGUACUACGUCAACCAGCCCGGUGUCUCAGUCGAGGACGGAUGUGUUUGGGACUGCGCUGAAGACCACGACGAGUGCGGUAACUGGGCUCCCACCAUUCUUGGUGUUGGCAAGUCCAGCGAUGGCAACACCUAUAUUUCUCUAUUCCCGAACACGCCUACUAGCAGCGCUAAGCCCAAGAUGAACAUCAACAUUACUGGUGAUGUCAGCAUUCCUUGCUACUUCCAGGAUGGUGAAUACGCAAUUGGCAGCAGUGGAUGCACGACUACCAUCCCUAGCGGUGGCAAGGCCGUUGUUACGUUUACCGAUGCCUAAAGGAGUGCGAGUUGGAGGUUGUUUUCUGUCAUACUGGUCUAGGUUUUAUAUUGCUUUCUAAUGGAUACUUGCUAUAUUUCGCCCCAGUACGACAGAAUAUCAGAGGCGCGUUUUGUCAUGUGGGCGAUGUGACAGAUUUAAUUUUUAUUGUGUAUAUUUCAGGCUUUGUGGCUAGGUGACGCCGGACAUACCUUGAUUUGCGUUUUUGAUCGCAGAUGGAUGGGUUGUUGCGUGCGGGAGUUGGAACUAGGAGACGUUUCGCAACAUCUCGAGAUGGCAGCUUCAGAGUCGAUGAUUUGAUGCGAUAGUGGAUAUGUCCCCUAUGUUACUCGCCCGAUGUAUUCUGUAUAGAGCCUCUGACUAGUUUCCCUCACUUAGAGUUUACAAAAAAGGGCACACUUCACAGGCCGUAAGUUAUAGUGGAUGGGAGUCUCGGAAGACGAGUCGGUGGAGAGGUGGUUAGAGGGAUAUUGGGAGUAUACUCUGUGGGCAUGUUAGUAGGACAGGGCUUGGCACGGAGAAUGAAAAUUUCAUAAAACAAGUCAAUUCUAUUUGUUUAAAACUCGCGGCAUCUCUGUAAUAUCUGAGUACACUAACACUACCUAACAUAUCUUGUCUUUUCGUUAUUUGAGUUUGUAUUGUAGAAUUAUCAUAUACACAUACAUACGUAUUACCUUCUCGAAAGUGAG